AUGUGGCUUCCCACUCAGAACCCAGGCGGGUUUCGGGUUCAGCCAGGUUUGGUUUGCCAGGAGACUUGGGCCGGGCGCAGCGGCGCCUGCUCCGACCUCUGGGGCGUCGGUCUGGUGGUGCACGUGCUGCUGCUGCGGCAGCUGCCCUUUGGACUGCAGCAUUGUGAGGGCCGGGUGGCUGUCUGGGACGCCAUCCGCACUGGCGCCGUGGCUUCCUCGAACGCCAAUGUGUCGAAGGAGGCCAUGUACAUCCUUGGGCAGCUCUUGGAGAAGGAGCCGCUGCUCCGCGCCACCUCCAGCGAAGCGCUGCAGUGUGAGUGGCUCAACCGCAGCCGGGCGAGCUCCGACCUGCGGACGCCCACGCCCGGUGCCCGGAAGACGGUGGCCAAGGCGGUGCAGCAGCGCAAGGUGCAGCUGCCGGUGGAGACCGAACGCUGGGAGGAGCGAUCCUUUUGGCAGUCGCUGAUGCUUCAGACGUCUCAAUGGUCCAAGCCUGACUGA